AUGGGUCCAGUCAUGCCUCCCAGUAAGAAGCCAGAGGGCUCAGGAAUAAGCGUUCCCAGCGGACUGAGCCAACGCUACCAAGACAGUGAUUUAUCAAAGGCACUUCACGAUGACGAGGACCUAGAUUUCUCUUUGCCUGCCAUCCGAUUAGAUAAAGGGGCCAUGGAAGAUGAAGAACUAACUAACUUGAACUGGUUACACGAGAGCAAGAACUUGCUGAAAAGCUUUGGGGACUCGGUGUUAAGGAGCGUUAGCCCCGUUCAGGACAUCGGUGAUGACACGCCGCCGUCUCCUGCCCACUCUGACAUGCCCUACGAUGCCAAGCAGAACCCCAACUGCAAACCUCCUUAUUCCUUUAGCUGCCUCAUAUUUAUGGCCAUCGAGGACUCGCCAACCAAAAGACUGCCUGUAAAGGAUAUAUACAAUUGGAUCUUGGAACACUUCCCGUAUUUUGCAAAUGCACCCACUGGAUGGAAAAAUUCUGUGAGACAUAAUCUGUCCUUGAAUAAGUGUUUUAAGAAAGUGGACAAGGACAGAAGUCAGAGUAUUGGAAAGGGGUCCUUGUGGUGUAUAGACCCAGAAUAUAGACAAAAUCUUAUUCAGGCUUUGAAAAAGACACCCUAUCACCCAUAUUCGCAUGUGUUCAGUACACCUCCCACAUCUCCUCAGGCAUAUCAAAGCACAUCAGGUCCACCCAUUUGGCCAGGAAGCACCUUCUUCAAGAGAAAUGGAGCCCUUCUGCAAGAUCCUGACAUUGAUGCUGCCACUGCCAUGAUGCUUUUGAAUACUCCCCCUGAGAUACAAGCAGGUUUUCCUCCAGGAGUGAUACAAAAUGGAGCUCGAGUUCUGAGCAGAGGAAUAUUUCCUGGAGCCAGGCCAUUGCCAAUCAACCCUAUAGGAAGCAUGGCUGUUGCAGUAAGGAACGGAAUAACAAACUGCCGGAUGCGGACAGAAAGCGAGCAGUCCUGUGGCUCUCCAGUCGUUAGCGGUGACCCCAAGGAGGAUCACAACUACAGCAGUGCCAAAUCUUCCAACCAUCGGAGCACAUCACCUGCUAGUGACUCUGUUUCCUCUUCCUCUGCUGACGACCAGUACGAAUUUGCAACUAAAGGUAGCCAAGACAGCAGUGAAGGAAGUGAAGUCAGCUUCCAGAGCCACGAGAGCCAUAGUGAAACAGAAGAGGAGGACAAAAAGCAGAAUCGGAAGGAGACCAAGGAUUCUUUAGCUGACAGUGGGUAUGCAUCCCAGCACAAGAAAAGGCAACAUUUAAUGAAGGCGAAAAAAGUACCGAGUGACACACUGCCUCUUAAAAAGAGACGUACGGAAAAGCCCCCGGAGAGUGAUGACGAGGAGAUGAAAGAAGCUGCAGGAUCGCUCCUGCAUUUAGCAGGAAUUCGAUCCUGUUUGAACAACAUCACCAAUCGGACGGCAAAGGGGCAAAAAGAGCAAAAGGAAACCACAAAAAAUUAG